ACAAUGAUAAUAAUUCUAUUUUUUGUACGACACUACGACUUUCUAUAGUGUCUUUACUCUUUUAUCGCCGAAGUACCUACUCUCUUAUUCUCACAUAGAGKSCAAUAUUGUGAAACGUUGAUUACAUUUUUAGAUUUAGACCGUUCAACCUCAAUAUUUCUCAUUUUAUCAACUAAGUCAAUUUUCGCUCAAAUGUUCAAUAUACGUUUACGUGUUCCGCCAUCGAUGUGCUUAUGGAGUCGUUGGACAUAUUGAAUCUGCGAGUUGGCGAAUGUUCGUUUUUGGAAAUAGCCUUGGCCGAUAUCAACCAUUAUAUUAAAACUUUCGUUUUAGAAAAGAAAACAAAUGUAGUACUUAUUUUUCCUCCAUUAAGCGCACGUAAUCGGUUUUUAGUGCAUAUGCUGGUGCAAAAAUUCUUUAACAAAUUGAACACCAUAUCUGUUGGUAGUAGCUACGGAAGACGCUUAGUCGUUUAUCAUUCUUCACUUAAACCAAUGAUUUGUGAAACAGAACAGGAUGAUGCUGAAAUGCAUUAUGAAAAUAAUUCUAGUUUAUAUCGAGCAUAUAGAACUCCUAACGAAAGGAAGGCUCAAGAAAGAUUACUUCAGUCACUUAAGCCUAAAACAUUAAAUCCAAGUACAAGAUCCCAUCAGCGCAAAAAAUCUAAAAGGCCAGAUAUUCCUAUUUAUAUACCCAAAGCACUUAGAGGAUUAGCCAAUAAUACUGUUUCCAACACUAGUAGUACAAAUAGUUGUUCAGAUUCAACUCCAUCAAAUAAACUUGGUGCUAGUUCUAGAAUUCAAGACGAUUCAAGCAAUAAAUUUUAUUCAAAAGAUAUGAAAGAUUCAAUAUCAAUUUUUAACCAUGUUCAACAUAGUAAUAUUAUUUUAUCAGCUUUAGAUUCAUAUAAAUUUGUAGACUUAUCAAAUGGAAUGUUGAUGGAUGAUGUUAAUAAUGAAACUAAAACUUCAUAUUAUGAUGUUUCAUCUCAGUUCUCAGAUUCUGUAGCUUCUAGUAUUCUUCCAGAUUCAAUAGAUAAAAAUAAAUUUAAUUCAAAUUCAUCAGCAGCAAAUGAAAUAAUUAAAAUUAAAGAUCCUAACUUGGAGUAUAAUGAAUUGGAGUCUGAUAUUGUGGGAAGUAAAAUUGACAACAGUGUUAGUGUUUUAACUAGAAGUGAAAAUGUAAGUUGUAUAAAUAUUCAAGAUUCUACACCAGUUAAUUUACCUGACCAUCAAAUAUCAGAUGUUAAUGAUACAAUUGCUACUGACGAUAUACUAUUACCUCAAAAAACUAUAAAAUCAAUAAAUCCAAUUUUAAUUGAUGAUAACAGCUCGAAUAUGUCUAAUAACCAAACAGAUGAAUUGCAAGAAGAAAAUAAAGUCGUUUUUACUAAUGAGCCUGAAAUAGCAUUAAAAGAAGAACACAAUUCAAACUGUCCUCAUUAUUGUUUGGAUGAUAGUUUCACAAGUGGACCAUUAACGGAUAUAGAUGAAAAUUAUUCUAAAAAUUUAAAUGAAGAGUUGAUUGUCCAGCAAAGUCCGUUGUUAAUUAAUAAGUCUCCAGAAAUUCUUGAAACUAAUGAAAAGAAAAAGGAAAAAAAAAAAAAGAAAAAGAAAAAGAUUUUAGAUGUUGAUGAAUGUAGCUGGGAAGAUAUGUAUGAUAAAGAAGAUGAUUAUAUACAUCCAUUGCUCAUGAAAGAAUUAGUCUCUACAAUAGGAAAGGUUCAAGUACAAUGUGCAAAAGAAGAUUACCGAAGCUAUCAAACAAUUGAAGAACGUUCUGGUGAUGGCGAGUGUGUUAUUGAGGUGUAUGGUUUUUCUUCUGAUCUGAAAACAAUUGAUCUAAUGAAUCAAUUUGCUGCAUUUCGCAAAAAUCAUUUUGAAAUUAUUUGGGUGGAUGAUACUCAUGCAUUAGCAGUAUUUGAAAGUCCAAAUUUAGCUGAUCAAGCAUUGAACACACCAUUAGUUCUUGUGAAAACAAGGCCACUUAAGAAUGCUACCAAAGAAUCAAAGCUCAGAGCAGCUUCAGUUGUUCCUCUCCCAGCAACUAGGCCUAAAACUUGUACUGCAAUGGCUAGACGACUAGUGAGCAGUGCUUUAGGACUAAAGAUGAAUGUACCACCAGAUCUUAUAAAUGCUGAACGUACAUUGUUGGCAAAUGCUAAAGAGAAAAAGAUUCGUGACGCUCAACAAAAACAUAGUAUAUGGAACAAUGAAUCAUGAUGACAUGAUCAUUACCAUAGUGUAUAAAAUACACAAAAUUAUUAUUUUUUUAACGCCACCAAACAUUUUCUAAGCAUUAAAUAAUUUGAAUAAACUGUGGUCUUGUAAAUUUUUGUGUGCAGUGGGAAUUAUGCUAUGUAAUAUAUUUAUAUAAUAUAUAUAUAUGUAUAAUAUAUUUAUUGACAGAAUCAGCAA